AUGAAGUCUGCUGCUUCCAUCGCCUCGGUUGUCGGCCUGCUUGGCUCCACCGCCUUAGCCUCUAUCGAGCCUCUUCAGUUCGAUAUCACAGAGGUCGACUUGUCGUCUCUGCAAAAGCGCAGCGAUGGGGACGCGAGCGAGUCCCUGACGGUGUCUUCGCAUGUUCUCGAGCUGAGGAAAGUUGACGGUGUUUCACCCGCCGAGACCUGGAUCCGGUCCAUCAGGAAGGGACCCGGCGCGGACGGACUCUACAAUACGGGGCAUGUCACAAACAUGACUUUCUUGAAUGGCUUUGAGUACAUCGCCAGCAUUGGCUUCGGCGACGAAACUCUUGAUGUCAUUGUCGACUCAGGUUCCAGCGAUACAUGGGCAGUCCAGAAAGGUUUCAUUUGCCAGGACGUGGACGGUGCAAGACUGAACGAUUCAUCCUUAUGCCUCUUUGGGCCUACUUACAACGGCUCUUUUGAUGGCGAACCCAUCUCUGGUUCGCACUUCAACAUCACCUACGGCGACGGCGAGUUUGCCACAGGUCUCAUGGGCUUCCAGAACAUCACCUUGGCCGGUUUUGAGGUCCCACAUCAGCAGGUUGCCCUGGUCAACAAGACGUACUGGAACGGCGACAGUGUUGCCAGCGGCUUGAUCGGUCUGGCCUUCGAUCUGCUGACUAGCGAGUACUCCGACACCACUGGCGCGUCCGAAUAUUACUCACCCAUCUUCACCACGAUGUCCAAGAAUGGCAUCGUCAAGCCCGACUUGUUCAGUAUGGCCAUGGACGGCAAGUCCAGGACGGGUCAGCUGGCUUUCGGCGGGUUGCCUCCCGUCGAAGUGGCUGGCAAGUUUGUCAGCACACCCAUCAAAAUGGUGGCUCUUUCCUCUCGUAGACCAGAAGCCAAGACCGAGUACUCUUUUUACACCAUUCUUCCUGAUGGCUAUGUCAUUAAGAACACCACCUUGGCUCCUACUAGCAACGAGACUCUGGCCUCAAGCAAGUGGAACACGGCUGUCGCCAAGCCGGCUGGGUUCCUCAACAGCACGACUCCGACCAUCGUCGACAGCGGCACCACGUUGAUGUACGUGCCAUCUGACAUUGCUGAGGCGUAUGCGAACUCCAUCCCCGGUGCCUUUUUGGAGAUCUUCUCAGGUGCAUACUACGCUCCCUGCAACGCCACGUUGCCAGACUUUGGCAUUGUGAUCAACGGACACACCUUCUACGCCAACAAGGACGACCUGCUCUUCACCAGUGAUCCUACUGAUAAUGGCGACGGCACUACUGUCUGUCUCUUGGGUGUUACUGACGGCGGUGAAGGCCCGUACAUCUUGGGUGACACCAUGAUGAACAGCCUAGUGACUGUAUUCGAUGUCGGUGCCGGGAUGAUGCGCUUCGCACACCCCUGCGAUGGACCAUCUUCGGCAGCUUUUAGCGGACCUUGGGACGACUACAACUACGCCCCUGACUCUCGCAAUGUAACUCCCAAAUACGUGUUGUCUUUGCCGAAUGGAGAUCAACUCUCGGAGUUUUCCUCCCCAGUUGAGCUCUCCUCUCAGAGCGAAGGCUUGGUAUUUGACUUCGGCGUGGAAGUUGGCGGUAUAAUUACGGUCGACUACGAGUUGUCCGGCUCCAGCAAUGCUACUCUGGGGCUCGCAUUCACCGAAGCAAAGACUUACAUUGGCCGGAAGUCGGACAACUCCAACGGAGGAACAGGCGCAGACGGCGCUCUCAACUUCAACAUCUCCAGAGGGUCUGGGAGCUACGUAAUGCCAGAUGGCAAACUGCGCGGCGGUUUUCGCUACCUCACUCUGUUCCUCACGUCUUCUGCUUCGAAUGUCUCCUUGGAAAUACGCAACAUCAGCCUUGAGAUCAGUUUUCAGCCUACUUGGUCUGACCUGAGGGCCUACCAAGGCUACUUCUACUCGAGCGACGAGCUCCUCAACAGAAUCUGGUACAGCGGCGCAUACACGCUUCAAACCAACUCCGUUCCUGGGAAAACCGGCCGUGUUGGCACGAGUACUCUAAAAGGCGGAUGGCAAAAUGACGCGUAUAUCGGCCCCGGAAAUACUGUUCUACUGGAUGGGGCGAAGAGAGAUCGUUGGGUAUGGAUUGGAGACAUGGGCACGGCAGUGCCGAGUGCGUUCGUGAGUACCGGUGAUAUGGAGAGUACGAAGAAUGCAUUGCUAGCGAUUUACGACAACCAAGCGUCGGAUGGUACUUUGCCGAAAGCUGGUCCGCCUUAUCCUUCCAAGGACAGCGACACUUAUCACUUGUGGACUCUGAUCGGCACGUACAACUAUUACUUGUACACAGGCGACGAAGACUUCCUGGCGUCCAUUUGGGCCAAAUACCUCAAGGCUGUUGCGAACAGCAGAAGCAAGGUCGGCGCAAAUGGUGUGAUGAAUGUCACCGGUGACAAAGAUUGGGGACGAUGGACGUACUCGAACGAGCGUAGCUCAGCGAGCAUGCUGCUGUACCGCGCGUUGAAAACGGGCGCUGACAUUGCUUCAUGGGCUCCCGAGCUCGCGAACGCGUCCAGCUACCAAAAAGAGUGGCUUGACGCUGCGGCCAAGCUUCAGACAGCUAUAACGACUAAGCUGUGGGACGAAAGCAAAGGUGCUUUCAAGGAAAGUCCAAACGAUACGUCCUUGUACCCUCAGGACGCCAAUAGUAUGGCGGUUGCGUUCGGCGUGGUAUCCGCGGACAGCACGGAGGCGCAGCAGAUUUCAGAUUACCUAGAGUCGAACUGGACGCCCAUAGGCCCUCACUGCCCGGAACUCAAGAACAACAUCUCGCCUUUCAUCAGCAGCAUUGAGCUGUACACUCACUUCCGCGCCGGGCGGGCUGACCGUGCUCUCAAGCUCAUCAGGGAUGCGUGGGGUUGGUACCUGAACCAUCCCAAUGGGACUGAAUCUACCGUCCCCGAAGGCUACCUGUUGGAUGGCACUUGGGGCUAUCGUGGAGAUCGAGGGUAUAGGAACGACCCUUCUUACGUAUCGCACGCGCAUGGAUGGAGCAGCGGGCCAACAUCGGGCAUGACGGAGUAUCUCGUGGGAUUGAGAGUCAUUAAGCCUGGAGGAAGCGAAUGGCAGUUCAAGCCGGUCCUCGGCGAGCUUUCCGAAGCUGAAGCUGGGUUUACGACGAGUUUGGGCAAGUUUUCUGCCAAGUUUACAGUGGGUGAAAACGGAACGGCCGCUGUGGAAUGGGACACGCCAGCGAAUACGAAGGGAAACUUGGUGCUGCCAGGACAAGAGUUGAGGCGAGUCAAAGGUGGGAAGGGGUCGGCCACCAUUACCUUGUGA